UACGUCACGAGGUCCAUCAUGCGGAAGAGUCCCAUGGCUGUGAUUAUCAUCAAGACAACAAACAACUGCAAUAAAUCGCCAAAUAACCUUUAGAGUUUCAUUGAAUCCGGGACAGACUUGGCAUUUAUUUUCCCGAGAAGAAACGGAGCGUGAUUCGCUGCAAACAUGUCUUCAGAAGAGUUUGAGAAGUUACACGAAAUGUACAGAUCUCUGUACGAGGAGCUGAAGCUGAUGCCGGAGAAAGCCCUGAGGAGUCACGGAGAAGACAGGAAGAGGCUGGUGAGGAGCUUUGAUGAGAGGCAGGGGGAGGCUGAAGAAGUGUUGCAAGGAAUGGAAGAAGAGCUGCGUGUGGCUCCGUCAUCUUUCAGAAAUGCCAUGUCGACUAAGCUACGUCUCUACCGCCGGGACCUCGGCAAGCUGCAGAGGGACAUGAAGACCUCAGAACUCGGGUUCGGCUCAUCUUACCAACCAGGGAGUCAACAAGGCAUCUAUUCAUCCCAAAACCAACAAAGUACUCACCAACAGUCUCAAAGAGCUCUGCUGCUCCAGGGCUCCGAGUCCCUGAACAACGCCAGCCAGAGCAUCGAGCGGAGUCAGCGCCUGGCGGCCGAGACGGAGCAGAUCGGCACGGAUAUCAUCGAAGAGCUGGGCGAACAGAGGGAGCAGCUGGACCGCAGCAGAAACAGAUUGGUGAAUACCGGAGAGAAUCUCAGUCGAAGCAGGAAAAUUCUUCGUGCCAUGUCGAGGCGGUUGGUGACAAACAAGCUGCUCUUAGGUGUGAUCAUCUUGAUGGAGCUGGCCAUUCUGGGAGCCGUGGUUUACCUCAAGUUCUUCCGAUGAUGAGGAAAUGACAGCCACCUUCAAACUGUCCAAACAGCGGAUCUCUCUGCAUCUCCACUGACUGUCCAGUAGCAAUAACACUGACCUGCUGUUAUCCUGCCGGCGCAGCGCUGCAUUUAAAUCCGUCUGAACAGAUGAGGGUGAUUUAUGAACCGGUAAUGGACCAAACAUUAGGAAAACUCUGAACUGAUUUUCUGCACUUUCUGAUUUUGAUCAACCGACGCUCUGCAGGCUGCUGAUCUGGACUUGGAGCUGCAGGAUCACAAACAUCAACCCUCGUUAGUUUUCUGAGACACCUGCCGCCUCUUUUCUCACUUCACUUGUCACAGUAUUUGUGGAAAAAUGCUCAGAUUUGUUAGAAAUAAGUGUAACAAUCCAAGCAGAAAAUGAAGAAUUGCAGCAGUUGAGUGUGUUUUUGCAGUGUUGUCAUGCUCAGUGCUGCAGUGAUCGCAGAACGAGGCCAAAUCCUUUGCGGAGAUGUGAAUGUGCACAAUGUGUUAAAAAAAAAAAAAAAAAAAGUCUUAUUGCUUCGUAUUUUUAACAGCUAAUGUCUAAUCACUGUAUAGUACUGUAAAGAAGUGUUACUUAGGAUCAGAAUUCCUUAUUGGGAAGUCAUUAAAGUUAAUCUUUAACCCCA